AUGGCCUUUAAGUUUAUCGCCGCUCUCGUCGUUUGUUCUGCGCUGGUUGUAGUAAGCGCCUCACCCUACAUACACCAUGAGCACCAUGAGCACCAUGAGGAAAGUGGAGGAGGUGGACAUGAGCAUGAGGAGCACAGCGGCGGAUCCAGCCAUGCUUCCAUACAUUUGGUCUCACAUGACGAUCAUCAUGAUGAACACGGGCAUGAAGGGCAUGAUGACGGUCAUGAUUCGCAUGCUGAGUACCAUUUCACCUAUGGUGUGAAGGAUAAGAAGACAGGCGAUGUGAAGGAGCACAGCGAAAAGCGUGAUGGACAUAAGGUAACCGGACAUUAUGAGUUGAUUGAUGCGGAUGGUCAUAAACGCGUUGUCCACUAUACGGCUGACAAACACAGUGGUUUCCAUGCCGUGGUACACCGUGAGCCCACACAUCAUCAUGUAGCCGACCACGGUCACACCAGCUACUAUGGAGGUUACGCUCAUCUCGAAGAGCACCACGGAGGUCAUGAACAUGGACAUGGGCAUGAAAGUCACGGUCAUGGUCAUGGUCACACCAGCGGUUUCUCAAUCAAGCAGGAGCAUGGUGUAGCCUACCAUCAUCAUGGCCACGAAGGUGGUCAUGAAGGUGGUCAUGAGGGUGGUCAUUAA